AUGGAUCUCCUGCCGAAAUUCGACGCUCAGGAGAUACUUUCUCUUCACUGCCCUCUUUGCUCAUUCCACAGCCACUGGACGGAGAAGCUUGAAAACCACUUUGUUAAAAGUCAUUUGGGCAGGACAGCGGAGUUUAAUCUCUAUCAGUGUUCUAUGUGCAAAAAGAUAGCCUCCUCCAAGGCUUUCAUAAUUGAACAUCUGGAGCUGCAACACAGGUCUGUAAAGGGAGAGGUUGAAGAAGAAGAGACGCCCACUAGUCCCUCCUCAGACAGCGACGUGAUCAUGCGUUCGGAGGGCGGUGAAAUGGUUCAACGUCCUGGUUCCACACCCGGCACUCACCUAAAUGUCUCACUUGGUUGCGCAGUGCCAAUAUUUUCGGGCCGUCUGCGAGGCGGAGAAAUACGUGAUGGUGAAUUUCACUAUCAGUGCCUCUUCUGUGAGUUCUCUACGUGUAGUAGAGAGGUGCUUGCCAGUCAUUAUGUUCAUCAUGGAAUAAAAAAUCUUCAAUGCUCUGAGAGGCCCCUUGCUGUCACUGCCGCAUCUUCGUCAACAACUACAUCGGUGUUGACGAAACCUAAGGAAAAGAAUUUGAAGAAGGAAGAUUUAGAGCUUCUUCGACCACCCGGUCAGCCUGGCUUCGAGUAUUAA